CUGCACUCUUUGUCCUCGUUAGUAGGGUAAAGUACGUACCUCGUACGAGUACGAGUACGUGACGCAAUUGUCAUUAAAUUCUGCGACACAUUUGUUUCCCUCGCCGUUUGUGAAGAUCGGGCUCUCGACUGCGGAAGGAAGCAGUGAACUUCUCGCUACAAAUUGGUAGCUGCACCUCAGUCCGAUUCGUUGAUCAAUUCCCAAGAGACAGAAGCCGACGACAAAGGACGAAGCACAUUGCUUACACACGGAACAAAAGCAACAAGCCAGCGAUCGCCAAAACCAAAUUUGAUUCGCGUUCGACACAGCCAGAGGCAUUUCGAUUCGUUUUGACCCGGCUCCACAUAUCGCUAUCUUCUGUCUGCCCUUUGUGAACACGACAACCGAACGACCGAUCAGUAGAUUGAAGGAAACCCGCAAUAGAAAUUGAACAAGAAAACAGCCUCAAAACCUAACGCCCAACGAAUAAACCAUAUCAAUAACAUGCCCGAUGCUUUCCCCCGAAGCCUCCGAGCGGCCUCAAAACGAGACAGACAUGGGGAACAACGCAGCAGGGACUCGUCGCAAACAUCGUCGUUGGUCACAGCGCCAUCUAGGAGCAACGGUAUGAUUUCUCCGCCCCUAGAAACCCCGCGAGUCUUGACCCGUAGCGCCAUUACGGGCCUCACCCACGGUCUCGACGCCAGCGACGUCCUCGAGUGCUACUCGCUGGUCCGAUCGGCACCCCUUCACGGGGUAGCUAACUCGACCAUCACGGUCCAGAAGAUGACCAUCGGAAUCCGCUUCCGGCCGACGGCAGCCGACCUCAAAAAUCCCUACAACACCAAGACACCGAUGGAGCUUACCCUCGAGUACGGACCCGCGCGGCUGGGCCCUCUGCUCAGCGACGAGGCGAUGCCGACCGUGCAAGGGAACGACAAGUCCUCCUCGUACCUAGUAUGGGAUAAUAUCGGGAAGGUCUACUUUACCCAGAAGAUUGAUGCUGGCAACUAUAUCAACUCGAACUAUAUGGCUAGCAUGACCGGGGCCGUCCUCAACAAGCUUCUCCACGAGGCCGUAGGGUACACGGAGAAGCGAAAGAUCUACCAACCCUUUUCGGUGUAUUCCGACAAGGGCAAGCGACUCAUGAGAUCCUCCUCGUCGAUGGACUUUGCGUGGUACGUCUGGUCUCAUCUGGCCCGGCUGGGUGUGGAGAUCGAGCCCAUCCUAUCGCCGUCGAUGUACGAGGCACGCCUGUACGCAAAAUCCGCCAACAAGGUCUUUCCGGAUCCUGCUUCAACCCGCGCGGCUGCAUCCUUUUACGAACACCUAUACGGCUGUCUGGAGUCGAUUGCCAGCCGGUCGGUCUGGUCGUCUGGCAAAAGCAGCCAGCUGCCGGGCGACAAUGUCGAAAGCAACGGCGUCGAAAAAGCGCGCGACAAACCCUCUUCUUCCUCUGGUGCAAACAACAGCGAUGGCGCCCGACGAGGCAACAGGAGAUUAGAAGAUCGCAAUGAUGGACCUGAUUGGGAAACCAGGGAAGAUGGGAAUGGCGAUUAUGACGAUGAUGACGGCGAUACAAUAGACCACGAUGACGAUGUUGACGUGACAGCCCUAGACACGGAUGAAGAAGGCUACGAUGACAACGGCGACGACAACGGCGAGAUUGAAAACGAAAAGGAUCUUCAAGACGACGACGUAAGAAUUUCUUCCAGUUAUGACGAGGCACGCGAAUCCGGAACCACGAGCACACAAGAAGUACCCAAGCGGCUGCCCUCAAAUGAGUUGCCGAAUCGGAAUGAUCCAACCCCAGGUCCAUCGGAAACCACCUACCCAACCGCACUCCCCACCGAGGGCAUACAUGAUGUCGAAAAGGCCCAGAACGCGGCCAUGGACGCGCAGAAGGCCGCCGACGAAGCGAUGAUCGCGGCACAAACGGAGGGUGAGACCAAGGCAGCCGAUGCCGCCCAAGCCGCAGCGGACGCCGCCCUGGUAGCGGCCGAUGCGACGUCCAGCGCGGCCGCCCAGGCGGCAAUGGACAAUUUGCUGAGCGGGGACGGAGCGUUGAUGAGCUCGAUCGUCUCGACGUGUUUUUCCAAUCCGACGUAUGGGAUCUCAUCGACGGAUUCCAACGGGACCGCCACCACCGAGUUCUACUUGUUCCGGGACCCGUCGACGUACUACAAGCUAGAGUUGGUGAGUCCCUAUCUUGAGAUCGCAAAAUUAGACCGGACCAUUCCCAAUGCGGCAACCCUACUCUCAGGAAUGAGUGCUGGGGGCGAUGCCCUGGACUGGACUCUUGCUCUGUCGAUUUUGUUCAUAAUGUUUUUGAUGGUGCUACUGAUCUGCCAGCAAAUGGGCAAGCACUACAUAGAGGCAAUUUUCCGGUGCCAGCGGUGGUUCUUCAACCCCCGCAAGUACGACUACGAGGGAUCGACGAUCUCCGGGGUUCAGUCGGGAUCACACUUCUUUUUUGGAAAGCGCGGCAUUCCGAUCAGCAUGGGAGGCCGGCGUUCUCCAUAUGCGGAGGACAUCGUUGCCACCGACGGCGAGCCGUACCGAGAUAACGCCGGUGACGAAAUGGACAACGACAAGAGGCUGACAAUGUCGCCCGAGAUGCCCCGGAAGCUCCACCGCAAUCCCUCAAUGGAGCUCGAAAUGACGGGAUUUUCGUCGCCGCAGCACGAGCAUCAUCCGCUCACGCCGCGCAACAUAUCCUCGAAGCAAUCCUGGAGGCUCGACCAUUCCAAUUCCGACCAUUCGAGCACUGGAUCUAGCGAGGAGGGCUUUGAAAAAAUCCCCACGCGACUGCUGCGGAAUCCAGAUCUGGUAGAGAUGCCCAGCCUUAAGUCCAAGUCCAAGGUUGCGAUCCCGGUGGGCAGCAGCAGCAACGGCAAAAACAACCAACACGCUUCAAAUGCAAAUGCAACAGCCUACAGGGCCUCCCCAUCGUUUGAGGAGGGAAUCGCGAGCAUUUGAGUAGUGCUUUUGCGUUGGUUUGGUUCGGUCUGUGCAUAUGCGAGCUGCAUCACACACAAGAAGUUAAUGAUAUCCUGUAGUAACUAUUACUACAGCUACGAAUUUAGGUAAUUAGGUAACACAACUGAUUUUCCCUACUUCAUGCAUCGAAUGCAAUGAUUCCAGCUCUGUUAAUGGACUGUAAGUGUUGCAUCUUUCGAUCCAGUGCCCUUGCUCCUGCAAGCUUCUUCUAGUGCAUGAAAACGAGACAAAGAAGGUAUCCAGAGAAGUUAUUUUUUAUUUUUCACAUUCGUACCGGUACUACCGUACCUUAGUUGUUCCUAACAAUUAGGAGCUGUCUCUUAUUUCAUCUCAUUUCUCUUGACAUAGCCAGUGCACGCUGGCCCGCAAUCACCUACGAACCCCAUAACAUUUCGA